CCGGGUAAAAAGACCUAUUGGAAAUGUAAGAGCUGCAGGAAGCAUAAACUGAAGACGCCUGAAGAAAGUACAGAUGCGGCAAAAAGGAGAACAAAUAUAGUAAUCCGUCUAUUAAUGACUUUAAACUACAUGCUUGGGGAAAAAAAAACUUGAAUUUCAUGAGAACCCUUGUCAUUAAUAUUAACUACUGUUUCAUAUUUUUUUAACUGAAUGUCACCUCAAUAUUUGAUUGACAGGAUGACAGGACACAUACCUAUACAUAUUUGGUAAUUAUAUUCCUCCACAAAAGAUCUAAUAUAUACGAGAAGAAAAAUUAAACUUGAAUUUUCCAGCUUUUUUUAUUGAAACACGUCGGACAGCCUUGGACUUUGAAGCGCUCAAAAUGGGUCUCUACUGAAUUCUGUCUCAUAAAAAAGUGUAUUAGAAGUUUUAUCCAGCUGGAGAGUGGAGUCUCUUCUGAUCGCAUCCUACGAGGGGAAUCAGGCAUCAGCACAAGAUGAGAUGCGAUAAAAUAAUUACCUACCUGAGGGUUGCUGGGACGACGCUGUUCGGGGUGUCGCUGCUGGUGGGAAUCUCCACUGCCUACAUUAUGGGCUACCAGUUUUUUGCGACUGAAAACAACUACUUCUCAUUCGGGCUUUACGGAGCCAUCUUAGUCACUCACCUCAUCAUCCAAAGUUUAUUUGCAUUGCUGGAGCACAGAAAAAUGAAGAGGUCCCUGGAGACCCCCAUAAAGUUAAACAAAUCGCUGGCCCUCUGCAUCGCGGCCUACCAAGAAGAUCCGAACUACCUUAAAAAGUGCUUGACCUCAGUGAAGCGGCUGACCUACCCCGGGAUAAAGGUGAUCAUGGUCAUCGACGGAAACAACGAGGACGACGGCUAUAUGAUGGAGAUCUUCCGAGACGUCAUGGGAAGGGAUAAAGCUGCCACAUACGUCUGGAAGAGCAACUACCACCAGAAGGGGCCCGGAGAGACGGACGAGGCCUACUCAGAGAGUCUGCAGCACGUGUCACGCCUGGUGCUGACCAAUAAAUGCAUCUGCAUCAUGCAAAAAUGGGGAGGGAAGCGAGAAGUAAUGUACACAGCCUUCAAAGCCCUGGGGAGGAGUGUGGACUAUGUGCAGGUGUGUGACUCAGACACCAUGCUGGAUCCGGCCUGCUCAGUAGAGAUGGUGAAGGUGCUGGAGGAGGACCCGAUGGUGGGUGGAGUUGGAGGAGACGUGCAGAUUCUGAACAAGUAUGAGUCAUGGAUCUCGUUCCUCAGCAGUGUCCGGUACUGGAUGGCGUUCAACAUCGAACGGGCGUGUCAGUCCUACUUCGGCUGCGUUCAGUGCAUCAGCGGGCCCCUGGGGAUGUACCGCAACUCCCUGCUCCACGAGUUCCUGGAGGACUGGUACAACCAGACCUUCCUGGGAAGCCACUGCAGCUUUGGUGAUGAUCGACAUUUGACCAACCGAGUGCUGAGCCUGGGCUACGGCACCAAGUAUACCGCCAGGUCAAAGUGCCUGACAGAAACGCCCAUCACAUACCUGCGCUGGCUGAACCAACAGACCCGCUGGAGCAAGUCCUACUUUCGAGAGUGGCUCUACAAUGCCAUGUGGUUCCACAAGCACCACCUGUGGAUGACCUAUGAGGCCGUCAUCACUGGCUUCUUCCCCUUCUUCCUCAUUGCCACGGCGAUUCAGCUGUUCUACCAGGGCAGAAUCUGGAACAUUCUCCUCUUCUUACUAAUUGUGCAGGGGGUAGCCCUUAUCAAGUCCUCGUUUGCCAGCUGUCUCCGGGGCAACAUCGUAAUGGUCUUCAUGUCCUUCUACUCGGUUUUAUAUAUGUCGAGUCUGCUUCCGGCUAAGAUGUUUGCCAUAGCGACGAUAAACAAGUCUGGUUGGGGGACAUCGGGGAGGAAGACCAUCGUGGUGAACUUCAUAGGGCUUGUUCCAAUCUCGAUUUGGUUUACAAUCCUGUUUAUCGGCAUUAUCUUCACAGUAGUCCAGGACACAAAAACAAGCUUCCCAGAGUCUGAAAAGAUAGUCCUGAUAAUUGGUGCAAUAGUUUACGCCAGUUACUGGGUGAUGCUCUUGAUGUUAUACGUGGUCCUCAUCACCAAAUGUGGCAGGAGGAAAAAAGAGCAGCAGUACGACAUGGUGCUCGACGUAUAAUGUCUCCACUCCAGCUCGUCUCCUACGUUUACAUUGUGACGAAUCUCAAAAAAAAAAAACACUCGCCAUUGGACUCUCGAUUGGUGAUGGAAUCCAACAUCGCCAUGGGGAGACAAAUCAUUGCUGCUGUGACUUAAACAAAAGGAUAUUCCUUUUGUAAUAUUUUGGUUAUGAACAAAAUUUGAGCAUUGUUGCCACAGAAGAAGGCCAAGCGACAUGCUCUAUAAAAGGAACUGGCGUGAGUUCAUCACCUGUGCACUUUUUACGUCUCACUCCCUUUGUGCAUGAUGCUUGACGGAUGAGCUUGAUGAAAAAUACCUCAGUGGUCCUCUUUGCAUUGUGCGGAUGAUUGAGAUGCAGGCAGAAAAGGCUUCGUUUUCUUGUUUAAUUUAUCCUAUAACAACUGGAAGCCUUUAUUAAAAAAAAACAUACAGUUUUAUUAAGAAAGCCAAAGUAGGACUGUUUCAGCACACCUUCCCACGCUGUAAUUGUUGACUUGUUACCUUUAAAAAUUUGUAUACUGUAUUUUUAUUGCCUUUAAUAUAGACGUUUUAUUUUAUUUUUGCUUAGCCACCAAAGAGACUUUAUUUUCAUUCCUUUUUAUACAAUAGCAUUGUGCAUAAACUGUUAUGAUGAAGACUUUUAUAUUUGACCAAAAAUGUGAAAUUUUACAAAGCUGGGUUAUGCGUCUUCAAAGAAUAACACUAAAAUGCAAUUUUAGGGAUAAAUUAUUAGCUAACAAGAAAGGUGAUUAACCUGUGUUUUUUUAACAGUGGUGUAAAUGGAUUGAUGACCGAUAUAUUUAUGAAAACAUUCUGUGGUUUACAGCUUUAUGUCUGAUUAUAUUUUCAUAAUGGUUUUAUCAUCAGCACACCAGGAAUUAUUAAAAAAUACUACAUUUAAAAUUGUCAUAAAUGUCUAUUUAUCUUGAAUUAGAAGGAGGGAUUAUAUUCUAUAUAAUGCAUCCAGAAAACCUAACUUGUCAAGGAAAGUCAAGCUUAUGGACGUUUUAUUUACACAAAAAAAUGCUCUGAGGGAAGAAAGAAAAACCUAUUGGUUCAGAAAGAUAGCCAAUCAAAUUGUAAAGGAGGCAGGUUCAACGAAUCAGAUGUCUUGGAUCCACCACCUCAUAAUUUUCCCUUCUGCCCUCUGAACAUUUUUGUGUAAGUAAAACUCCCAGGAGUGAAAAUCAAGAGCGUACAACUGUAUACAAAAAGGAGUAGACCAUAUUCAAAUUGUGAAAGAAAAAUAACUGUACAAAUAAGUGAACUACAGACAUUUCUGCUGUAGUUCAAAUUUAUAUAAAAUGUGACAAAGAAAGAAAUUCAGACAACCAGCAGAAUUUGGUUUCAUGCAUUGAGGACUGCCUCUGAACCAUGGGUCAGAACUGAUAGACUUUGUUUUGUGCCAAACUUACAUAGGCAGUGUUGAUAUUGAGCACUUUCACUGUGCCAAAAUAAAGAUCUGUUGCUUACUAUGCAAAAUGAAA